UUGACACCAUUAUCAGAAUCUAAAAAAUGAGCAUUGAGAGGAGUCAAGUGGACUGUGAAGAACCAAAAGAUGGUAAAACCUAUGUCAUGUACCAUGGCACAACGAGGGCAAAUGCUCGGUCGAUCCAGUCUUCAGGUUUUCGCCAGUCUUCGAAUGGGAUGCUCGGUCGGGGCGUGUACCUCAGCAGGGACCUGAAGAAAGCGAGUCGCUAUCCCAUCGGUCACCCUGAGCAUGACAGGGUUGUCAUUAAGGUUCAGGUCAACGUGGGAAAGGUCAUCACCAUCAAUCGCCAGAAUCAUCCACUUCAGAAGACUUGGCAUGACCGAGGAUAUGACACCGCCUGGGUACCACCCAAAUGUGGGAUGGUGACAAGUGGCCUGGAAGAGGACUGCGUCUGGGAUCCCAAGCAAAUCACAAUCCUUGAGACCAUUGAACCAAAAUCUAUUCAAAGUGUCGACGAUGAAGGGCCAGAAGAUGGUGAAACCUAUGCCAUGUACCACGGCACCACCAGUGCGAACGCUCGAUCGAUCUUGGCUUCAGGUUUUUGCCGGUCUUCGGACGGGAUGCUCGGUCCAGGGGUCUACCUCAGCAGAGACCUGGAGAAAGCAAGUCGCUAUCCCAUGAAACACCCUGUGCAUGACAAGGUUGUCAUUAGGGUUAAGGUCAACGUGGGAAGGGUUAAAGCCAUCGAUCGUCAGAACCACCCACUUCAGAAGACCUGGCAUGACCACGGAUAUGACACCGCCUGGGUGCCGCCCAACUGUGGGAUGGUACGAAGUGGCCUGGAGGAGGAUUGUGUCUGGGAUCCGAAGCGAAUCACAGUCAUUGACAUCAUCAAACCAAAACCUGUCCAGGGCGCUGGAGGCAGCGCCUGGGGUUAUAGGUAAACUCAGGAGCAGGUUCUGAUUAUUCAAAUGUAUUUUUAUAUAUUUGGAUAAGAAAUCAUAAAUUGACAUAUUUUUGUAACCAUGUCAGUGUAACCUGAAAAAUAAAUGUGUCAUAAAAAAGUAC